AGAUUAUAAUUACAUUCGCAACCUACAGCCUCCGCCUCUCUCUCUCUCUCUCAUUCACUCACUCACGAGCGCACAAUAAAUGGAUCUUUGAGAAAAGAGAGAGAGAACGAGAGAGAGACGUGUGAGGAAAGAGAGGAGGAGGAGAAGAUAGAGAGGGCAGGAGGGAGGGGGCAUCGGCGUAUGCUUGUACACAACUACCCCUGAUUUCCAUUUUUUUCCCUAACUCGUAAUGUAUUUAAUUCAAGUGAAACGUAAUCAUGACGUGUGUUGUCAUUAAUCUCCUCGCCGCCUCUCCCGAGACUGUUGGAGGUGGUCAGACAGAUUGCCACCUUCAGAACACACCCUCUUUAAGUCAAGGAAGUGAAACAUGGCAUAAACACAUCAACAAGUAUGGAUUCCCCACCAGAGAGUAUGCUGGCUCUUUCCUUUGAGCCCCCAUUGUUUCCUCCCUCCAUGCCGUCCCUGGACCACAGUCCCCAAUUCCUACCCCAGAGUCCUCAGUCUACCCCUUCUAGCCCUCAAAUUGAACUCUAUGCCCCAGUCUCACCUUGUCCCCUUCCAGAGGCCAGCCUCCAAGAUGAAGAGGAAGAUGAGGAGCUGUCAAUGCCCCCUUCACCCACCCCAGCGGUGACGCUGUUUCCUGGUGAAUUGGAGCUUGGUAGUUCCUCAUCAGACAGCAGCCCCCCAGCCACACCAUUAACACCUUUUCCUGGUUUUGGAGCUCUGGAACAGGCCAUCUCCUCUGGUCAAAGUACCACCUGUGAUGAUGAGUUGGAUCUUCAGCUUUUCAACAAUGAAGGCAUGGCUGUCCCAGGAGGAACAAGCUCUGGGCCUGGCCUAAGGUUCCCAUGCCAUGUGUGUGGAAAGAGGUUCCGCUUCCAGAGUAUUUUGUCUCUGCAUGCUCGAGCACACAGUUUAGACAGGGAGCGUCGAGCUUCAGCUCCCUACCGAACCACACAUGCUAAACUGCAGCAGAACCAUGUGGGCAACAGUGUAAUCCAGGAUCUCAACAACAGAGAGCCUGGUCUGAAACUGAGUCCAUUAUCUGGGUCAUUACAAAAGAGUAUAGAUGAAGACAUGGUUCCAGAGGAACCUCUUCAAACUGCAAGCAGCCCUCAGUUCCUUUUUGAAGGAACCACAGCCCUGACUCCACCUCUAACAGAGGAAGCACCAAUCUCAACCUCCUUCUCUCCACUCAGCCAAGCCCACUUGGAAGACAUCACACCACCCACAGCUGCUUCGUCCUUCCGGUGUCAUGCCUGUAAGGGUAAGUUCCGUACAGCUUCAGAGUUGGCUCGUCAUGUGCGGAUCCUCCACAACCCCUACAAAUGUACAAUGUGUCCCUUCUCAGCCAGUCAGGAGGAAAGCCUGGCUGCCCAUCUGCAGGAGAGCCACCCACCGGAGGAUCCUACCACUGAAACGGUUUUCCCUUCUCCCCCUAUAACUGCACCAGCUGAGACUCCUCCCUCACAAAUACCAGUUGUUCCAGCUUUCAAAUGCGAGACAUGCGGGCAGCGUUUUACUCAGUCCUGGUUUUUGAAGGGUCACAUGCGGAAGCACAAGGACUCAUUGGAUCACAAGUGCCAGGUUUGUGGCCGUGGCUUCAAGGAACCCUGGUUCCUAAAGAAUCAUAUGAAGGUGCAUCUCAACAAACUGGGCCUCAAAGCUGGAUUGGGAAAUCUGGGGCCAGCUGGAAAUGAGCAAUCCAAAGGUCCUGCAAGCACACAAGUGUUGGGGGCCCUGUAUUCUAACUUGCUCCUGGCUCGCAGUAUGACCAGUGGUGGUGGUUCAGGAAGUCGCACAGAAAGGUCAAAUGCCAGUGCAGGCUCAAGCAAAUCCUCUAUAUUGGGUUAUUUGGGCUUACCCAAAGACAACAGCAAUGGAAGUUGCAUGGAGCGCCUUCAGGCAGUGGCACAGGUUGCAGAAAUGGGUAAUGGUGGAGGACGGGGAGGUGACACAGCAGACGGAGCGGACCAGGCAGCCAUGUGGCAGCUGGUUGCUCGCAGUCUGGUAGCAGCACAGCACAACCAACAGCAACAGCAGCAGCGAUCUCAUUCACACCAUGAGCUUCCUUCCUCACGAGGCACAGUCUCUGGGGAAGCCAAGCAGAUGAGGGCCUACCUGGGUGGGUUGGGUUCUAGAGAGGAAUUGGAGGGAUCUAGUCCACCUUGGGAGUGUCCAGAUUGUGGCAAGCUGUUCAGAAGCCUUCAGCAGGUGGUUGCUCAUUCCCGUGUCCAUGUCAAGAAACCACAGAAAGGUCAAAGUCCCCGAGGGGGCAUGUCCAGGGAAGAGGACAUUAUAAACAGAGUGAGUGGAGCUCAGGCAACAGGUGGAGUAGGAGGAGGACAAAGAGCUAGUGACAAUGAAGGAAGGCAGGAGGGAAAGCCAUCAGGAGUCGGGACAGCUGGGAGCUUCCAUUCUGUCAUUUCACAUCUUUCUGGUCAGAAUGGUCUAAGGGGGUCAUCCUCUUCCACUUCAUCUCCAAGGGAGCGUGUUCGGGGAACAGGGACAAAGGAUUGCCCCUACUGUGGUAAAGCCUUCCGGUCUUCCCAUCACCUUAAAGUACACCUUCGUGUACACACAGGUGAGAGACCAUACAAAUGCCCACACUGUGAUUAUGCUGGCACCCAGUCUGGCUCUCUCAAGUACCACCUUCAGCGUCAUCAUCGUGAGCAGAGGAACGCUAUGGAAACCACCACUAAUUCCCCAUCACCGAGCCUCCUCUCUCUGACUGGCUGUCCUCAUGAAGGUGUGAAAAAGCGCCGUCACUCCUCCAUGUCCCAGUCUUCUUUUGGGAGGGUUCCUGGAGGGGCUCCUUCUUCAAGGCACAGUCAGUCAUGGGCUGCAAGCCCGCCAGAGAAGAAGGAGGGCACUACUGUAUCUGGACGUCACAGAGAGGGAGAUGUGGAGAGUCAGUAUCUCAGUCUGUCUGGGAUGAUGGGUACACUAUUUGCCGGCGGUCUAGAACCAAGUUGGAUUGGAGAGGUGCCACCUCCGAAAAUGCCUAAAGUGUCUCGACGGAAACCCCUUACUACAAGCCGCAUGAUGUCAGCGAAUGGUUACCAUGGUGGGAUGCUGUCCAAUGGGUCCCAGGAAGGAGGCUUUGAACCUCUGGACCUUUCCCGCCGCCCUUUACAAGAUGAAGUGAGUAGUUCUGUAGGUGGACCAUCAGGUAUCUCUAAAGGAGGGAAUGACAUCCUCAAUCAAUGUGUCUUCUGUCCCUUCCGGACCUCUUCUGUUGAGCUUAUGGCCAUGCACCUUCAGGUCAAUCACACCAGCAAGUCUCGUCGCAAGAGAGGAGCCUCUCUCACUUCCACCAAUCAUUCUCCAAAAAUAACUUUGACCAGGUCAGACCGCGAUCCGCUGGCUCUGUGGAAGUUCCUCGGUGCAGAGGAUGGAGUAGCAUCUCCUGAGGAUUGGGUCUCGUCAAAGACAAGAGCUGAGAAUGGAGUCAGCCCAGAGAACAGGGACACAGAGGACAGUUUUGAACUGACCCCUGGAACUGUGGGACAUGUCUGUGAGAAGGGACUUAAAAUGAGAGAGGAGCUGGACGAGGAAGAUGAGGAAGUCGAUGAGGAGGAGGAUGACCUGGAAGGAAAUGGGAGCUUUGGAAGUGUACACCAGAAUCAAAGCAGAAGAGGUGGGUCUGUUUCAUCAGACCUCGCUGCUGAGGAUCUGCCCAAGGAGGAGGAAGGCGUCUUGGGGAAUUAACAUUAGAUAAGAACCCUGGAUGAGUUUGGACUAGUGUUGUCAAAAGUACUAACUAGACAGUACUGACUUAGAAUCAAUUUCCCCCUAACAUUUGAGCACUGUUGAGCCAAUUCUUGGCCAUUGUGUUCACACGCUCAACAGAUAUGACUGUGAUUGGCUACAAAGAUCAUCACUGAACACAAUGGCCAAUCAGCUCAGUAGCUCUCAAAUGUUAACGGGAAAUGGAUGUUUUUAAAAUUUCAGUCCUGAUUGGUAACCAAGACGGUACUUUUGACAACACUAGUUUGGACAUAUUUGGGAAAUAGUUGUCCAGGGUCCCUUGUACAACCCUAUUAGAAAAAAAAACAAUUGAACAAAAAAAAAAACAGCUUUUGUGGGUAGGUAUGGCAGCUAGUUUGAGCUGGUUUUAUCUGGUCAUUUGCUUGUCCAAAGCAACUAGCUCCUGCUCGGGACUAGUAUAAACCAGCUCAAACCAGCUGCCGUGCUUCAAAACAUACCUAACCAACAUAUGCUGGUUUUUCAUCUGGGAAUUCAGACCAAGGGCAUACCAUUCGCUAUGCUAACAUACUGUACAGUAUCUAAACAGAUAACCUGCAAAAGUAUUUAAAAAUCAAACAUUCCUCUUAAUAUAUCCUCCGAGCCCCCCUUGGGUAGUGAUCAAUUACCUCUACACACACACACAGACUCUUAGUCACACAGAGAUAUCCAGUAUUGUAUGCCAGUCCAAGCCUGCCUGUCUCGGGGCCUUCUUGAACACUGUUCUCUUGUUCCUGUCUUCUCGUCAGUGAACACAAUUGCCAAGUUGAAUUUAAUUUAUAAUUUCCUUGCUCCUGUGAAUCUUGCUUUCAUCUCAACGGGGAUCUGGAAUGUCAAUCUGGGGAGCUGGAAAAGCAAAAAAGAGACACUGUUCUUAAUCGCUACGAUAUACAGUAUUAAUGCUGAGAGACACGGACAUCCUACUUCCACGUGAACUUGAUCUGACUGCACGUCUUCAGCAAACCAAAGGAGUGGGCACACUUCUUACCAUGCACCUGCCAGACUCUGAACAGAAUGCUGUGAUAACUGUACGGUACUUGUGAAUCACCUCUAACAGAACAGGACAGAGUAAAGAGUAUAUUACCAGAUAUCCACACACUGCCAGUCUGCUCAGACGGGUCUUCUUCAGAUAUUAUAUCAAACAGAGAUUCUGCCUCUUCUAUAUGCUAUUUCUUUCAGUGCCUGUUGAUGUAAAAGGUUUUUAGCAGAUUCAGUAACACAGGAAUAUAGUUACAGUGAAUAUAUACAGUAUAUAUGUGUAGUUGUGCUAGAGCGUUCUGUGACAACAUGGUGGCAGUUUGUGUGACUAUGUCAGCU